GGUACAAUGUGAACUAGCGCUGGCUGUGUUAUUCUCUGGACUGUGUAGCGACUUCAUCUGCGAACUUGGAAUUAUUAGGAUCUUGUUGUAGUUUUCGUGGGUUUCGUCUACACACCUUGGAUUUAGGGUGCUGCCUGCUAGUAAAGAUGAUAGCUGACAGGAGAUCGAAUGUAAAGGUUCCACCGUUGACAGAGAUUUUUGGGCAAGGCGAUUAUGGCUACAACACAUUCAGAAUCCCAGCCAUUGUCUACAAUCGACGGACCUUUUUGGCCUUUUGCGAGGCGCGGAAGACUUCAUUUCGGGAUUGGGGGAGCAUGGAUCUGGUUCUGCGGAGGGGCAUCUUGAAAGAUGGGGAGGUGCUGUGGGGAGACAUACAAGUUAUAGCAUCACUGUCGGAUUACAGAACAAUGAACCCUGUUCCCAUCAUCAAUAAACGAAACAGUACAAUACUGCUCAUCUUUACCGCCUUCCCACAAGAGCUCUCUGAAGCCGACCUGAUCAAGGGUGAAGGGUACCAACAGAAGAUCCUGGUGACCAAAUCGAGAGAUAACGGGCUGACAUGGAGCGAGCCGCGGGAUGUCACAGAGACGACGUUAGGGAUGAUGGAUCCACGUCCACAUAUUUAUGCAUCAGGACCAGGGCAUGGAAUUCAACUGAGUUCAGGUCGACUCAUCGUUCCUGGAAACGUCUUCUGGAAACCACCUGUAGAUCCUGGUUUUUUAUCUGAAAUCAAGCACAAGAUUCUGGAAUUCUUUGACUGUUUCUACGGUGCCCAGAGUCGAUCAAUGGUGAUAUACAGUGACGAUGGUGGAGAUACCUGGGAAAGAGGUGGCAGUGUUCCAGCGGCCUUUGACCUUGAGGGUCAACUCGUUAAUGCUAAUGAAUGCCAGGCAGUUGAAUUUGAAGAUGGUCGAGUGUACCUCAACAGCCGAACCCUUGGUGUUCAGACAACACGACAGCAAGCUUUUAGCCAGGAUGGCUGCUUGGGUUUCAAUCCCGGUGAAUUGGCCACUCAGCUCCCGGAGCCUGGUAGCACAAUGACAAAAUGGCUUCCAAUGGUUCGAAACUUUGGUGGCUGCCAGGCCAGCAUACUUGGUUUCCAUGCCCCCAACCAUAUACCACCUGAUGCAUAUGACGCCAGCACCUGGGUUUUGUUUUCCAACCCAGCCAGCAGCGAGACGCGGGUCAACAUGUCAGUGCGUCUCAGUCGCAACGGCUGCAGGACUUGGAGCUCACCGUGGCAACUGAACUCCGGCGCCAGUGCGUACUCGGAUCUGGUUGGCUACGAGACGCGCAGCGCUGACGGAACUCCAGUGCUGAACUUUGCGUGUCUUUACGAAUGUGGGAGCAUUCAUCCCUACGAGCGAAUCGUCUUCCAGACUUUUACACUGGAGAAGAUGAUGGACGGCGUCGGCAUGGCAACAAAACCUGAAGUAGUCGAAGAGGCUGAAGAAACAUAGAGGAUAUCCAAACUUGGCAGAUUGUAUAUUUUAUUUUGAAUGAUUUGUUAUGGUUAGGGUGCAGAUAUAUUGUGUUUAAUCAUCUGUGGAAUACCAAGUGCCCUAAAUGGAAAUGUACUGCUCCUUUUAUUUCAAAAUUUUGCUUUCCUUUAAGCUUUUACUGUUUUUGUUCAACACACUACAUGUAUGUGUUGAAGAAAAGAAGAGUGUCAAUUUGGUCAGAAGGUAAAAUGUCAUGUUCAGUGGCAUGAAGCUUUGUUGGAAGCUGGGAUAGGUUGGGUCGGGUCAGGCUGAUUUUGAAGGGAACAAAAAGUUCCUGAGGGUUUGAAAGGGGUGCAAAGGCAAAGUCUCUUCCAGCAUGUGCAACAAGCUUAGGCCAUGAAUGAUUAUAACUGGAAGUGGAAAGUGUUGACUGCAGGUUCAGAAACACUUGUUUGAGAGUGAUUGAAGUUUUAACCAUUGUGUGGUGCUCGGAAAGGUGUUGGUGCUGUGUCAUCGUAUGCACAUGUUUUUUUUUUGGCUGUUGGGAAAAAGUGUGAGGCAUAUAUUCUCAACAUCUCACCCUUCCGUGGUCAUGUUUAACUAUUAAGAGUAAUAAUUAUCAUGAUUUCAAGGCUUUUGGGCAAAGCCUUCCUCAUUAAACUUCUAUUUGUCUAUUUGCCCCUCUCUCUCUCUAGCCAACUGUGUCCUUUUGCCGUUCCUCUCUUUCUCUUGCCUGUUCUAGGCUGCCAUUCUCGGUCAUAUGUCUAGGCCACCUGCUUUUCUGGAUUCUUGAUCGACACAAUGGCCUGCCCAUCUCAAUUUGAUCGCCUUUAUAUUUUAAAAGGCUUACUUAUUAAGAAUAGUAACAGACAUUAAAUAUUAUGCCAGCAUAUUCUAAUUUUGGCACUCAUGGUGAAUGAUAAAUUCAGAGUAGCUAUAAAUGUGGAUAGUAAACUUGCGGGUACAACCAUUUGUAAAAAAAACUCUUUUGAGCGAGGGUUGGCUCUAAAAAGAGCUGGUUUGGUCUUGACGUUUAAAACAGUAUACUCUGCUUGUCUUCAAGAGUAUACUGUUCAUAAUGUCGAUACUAAACCGGCUCUUUUCAGAGCCAACAUUCCUUCAAAAGAGUUUUUACACAUGGUUGUACCCGCAAGUUUUAUAGUUAUAGUUACUCUUAUUCUCCACACUAUGCAAAGCUUCAAACACCAUUUGCAUGAAGUUUGUCACCCCGGUCAUUGGACCAGUUGACUCAAUUCUUUUCACCAUUUAUCUGGGAGUGUGUCUUCUGUGCUACAAUAACCACCUCUACUCUCCUGGACUCCCAUAUACCCAAUGUUGAAGAGAACCAAUUAUAGGGCGAGUGUUUUGCUCAGAGACACAAGUGUCAUGACCGGAAUUGCAAACCCACACUCUGAUGACUUUGCUACAAAAACUUGGGCCACACCAAAGUUUCUGAUACAACCGGUCAAGUCCAAUGAUUUUAAGAAAUUGUGAGACACUCAAAGUUUUUGUCAUGACUCUUUGCUACACUAAAUAUUUAACGUGGUUGCAGAUUGUAAUGUAUUUUUUGUUAUCCAAAGUUACUACAUUACAAAGGGAUUACGUGGAAGUUUAAGAUGAACUAUGGUGUAUAACUUGCUAGGUUUAGGUUUGUAAAUAAUAAUGUUAAGAUAAUGAUGUGUGAGACAGCCCACCCUCUUCCCGAGUACGUUCAUCAUUUCCUGGACCCAGUGUCUGUCUGAACAUUCUAAUAUGCUAAGCAAAAUUUGGUAACCAACUAAUAUGCCAUGUGGUGUCUAUCAGUGGCUGGCCCACUUCUUCUUUUUUGCCGAGCAAGAGUAAUAAUUCUCAGCGAAAGAACGGCUCUGUAAAACUUGACACCAGGUUCAAUUUUUUAAAGAACUAAACAAAUUUCUACAAAAGAAGAAAGUAAACACAGCAGUCACAAUUGGAAUAAAUCACAUUUUGGGGGUGGGAAACGUUUUCUGUAUGCCAAGUUGUUUUGUGCUUGGCUAAUUUGUGUGUGUGCUUAUUAAGCGACCCCACAAAUUUUGACUUGGGAAGGGCUGAGGGUCACUGGUGUCAGAGGUCAAAGCUGUAACUCAACCUCAUUGUCUACGUUUACUUUGCCAAAAGUAGGCCUAAUCAAACUGAGAUGUUAUAACAAGACAAAUCUUCAAAAUCUCACAGAAAUGUUAAAAUUUUCAUAUAUAAUAGUAACUUUACUCACGAAGGGUGCCAAAAUAUGGGAGGGAUAGGUAUACCUAUCCGAUCAACCUUUAUCCCAUGGGUGAUCAAUCUUGCUGCACCGUUUUUACCGAAGUACGUGCUGCCCUCCCAAACCCCUGGUGUUAGUUAAUUAAAACAUGCCGUUUUAAUAAGGGAUGAGGUCUUUCCACUCUAAGCCUACACUCAAGUAUGGUAGCCUGCAAUAGUGGAUAUCAAGUCAAAGUGCAACCUGCAUUCACCUCAUCCCUCUUUAGUCUGACAUGUCUAACUCUAUAUAAAAAAAUUAUGCAGUUUAGGGCGAUAGUGGGAAAAAAUUUCAUUUUUUUGUGUUAAUUGCUCUAGAGUACUUGCAUUUUGACAAGUGCAUCCAGCGCCAUAUCUAAAUGCCAUACAAGUGCUCAAAGUACAAACAAUCGUGCAUGCUGAGCAUCUUUUGGGAGCCAAUCAGCGUUGUUUUUUAGCACAUCCAUACCAGGGGUUUAAGGAAAAAAGGUUGGUAGAACGCGCUGCCCUUGGUAGCUAAACUACUACCCAAAAAUCCUCCUCCCAAAACCAUGAGGCGAUCUUGGUGGCUCUGCUGCCUAAAACACUUUUGAGUCAAGAGUUUUUAUUUUAUUGAAGGUAAGGGUAUACACGUAGGUCUAUAGAGGACUCUAGAGUUUUCCUCGUCCCAGUAUUUUCUACCUGAUUUAAGAAGCACCUAAUUUCUAUGUUUAAACCAAACUAUGUGCCUGUUCAAAGUACCUGUAUUUAGAAAUCAGCAAUAACUUGUAAAAACCAACUGUAUAUCAAAAUGUGCGCUGUGUGAAAUUUAUGCACCUAUCAAUUGUUGUCCCUCCUCCAUUCCCCUCCCCAAUAAGUGUGGGAUCCCCCAUAAGUUAAGGAUCCCCCAUAAACAUGGGAUCCUGCACACCAAGAAGUGAGGAAUCCCUGUCCCAAACUAUCCAGCCCUCAGUGGCCAGCAGGAGCUACUCCUGUGCCACAGGGUCAUAAGGCCUUUCUCAAACCACGGCUUGGGCUCCGGCUCAGGUUCCGCGUGCAAUACGCGCUGCUCCAAAAUGCAU